CCAACCAGAAAAAAAGAACAAUAUCACCUCCGCUAAGAAGGUACCAGCGACCUUAAUCUUCGUUGCUACGGGUAAGGUAGGCACUGAUUGUGGUGCCUGGAGCGUCUAAUUUCCUUGUCUCUCCUGCCUUCUCUCCUCUGUGGUAAGUGAGCGGGCCAUUUUUACAUUCGCAUCAACCUACAUAUUUGGAUCGCGCACCUCGGUUUCUCGACAAUCGGACUCUGCUAUCUAUCACACGAGCGUGUUUUACGUUAUUCCCUCUAGCGACCAGCUCGUUAUCGUGCAAUCAUACUCUUGUCACCAACACACAGACCGCCGCCAUGUCUGCCGUCUCGCUUCUGGGUGUUCAGGUGAUGAGCAACCCAGCCAAGUUCACCGACAAAUACGAGUUCGAAAUCACUUUCGAGUGCCUCGAGCAACUACAGAAGGAUCUCGAAUGGAAACUCACCUACGUCGGCUCCGCUACCAGCGAUCAGUACGAUCAGGAACUCGAUUCCCUUCUCGUUGGACCAAUUCCCGUGGGCGUCAACAAGUUCAUCUUCGAGGCCGACGCUCCUGACACGAGCCGCAUUCCCGACGCUGACAUCCUGGGUGUCACGGUGAUUCUUCUAACUUGCGCUUACGACGGACGUGAGUUCGUGCGUGUUGGAUACUACGUCAACAACGAAUAUGACUCGGAAGAGCUCAAUGCGGAACCGCCCUCAAAGCCCCUCACUGAGCGUGUCAGACGCAAUAUCCUCUCGGAAAAGCCACGCGUAACGCGCUUCGCUAUCAAAUGGGACUCGGAUGCUUCUGCUCCUGCGGAGUUCCCGCCCGAGCAGCCCGAAGCCGACCUAGCCCCUGACGAAGAUGAAUACGGCGCGGAAGAGAUUGAAGAGGAGGAUGCCGACGCUACCGAUGCAGAAAAGGCCAGCGGCAGCAAGAAAGUCCCAGGCGAUGACUUGGACAUGGGUGGCGUCGAGAACGGCAUUAACCUCGAUAAGGGCAAGGCGCUUGAGGUGGAGGAGGACGAAAUGUCCGAUGACGGUAGCGUGGACAUCGAAGGCGAGAGCGAAGAUGAGCUCGAGGAAGAGGAACUAGGCGAUGGCGAGGCCAUGGAGGAAGAUGCCAUGGACGUGGACACGGCUGAUACGGCUGGCAAUGCUGUCGGCGGAAACCAGGCAAAACCUGCGGAGGUCAAGACCCACUAGCGGUCUCAUAUCACAAGGAUCGCCUAUCUUCUCGGCGUUUCCUCUGGAUAAUGGGAAGGUUACGUGACGAAGUCGAGCGCCCUGGUCUUGUACGUGGAGCCAGACGUUGUGGCAGGGUGAUUUAGAAGAUCAUUUGGGCGCGCUUGGGCUUGCCGCUUCUGAUAGCCGCUUCUGAUAAAAUGAACCGGCUUUUGCAAUGAGCUAUGCUUUAGAUGCUUGUUACAUAGAUGCCGACCGAUGCGACCUCUUACCCUUCUUACCAUUAGCCUUUCUUUACUCCAGUCAUGGCGUACGUGCAAUAGCCAUGGCGGGCUCUCAACAUUUUGGCUUCUAAAAACCCCAC